AUGGCGGCACGACAGCUGCGCCAGCCCGCUGCAACCAUGCGCAGGCGCACAGCAGUGGUCCAUGCGAGUGUGGUCUGGCGCCAGAUGGUGGCGUACCACCUCGCGCUGGAGCUGCUGGCAGAGGCGGGCUUCACCGUCGUGGCCACCCCCUACCAGCUCACCUUCCAGCACCUGGACUGCGCACGCCGCGUGGCCGCGGACUUCAGGGCGGCAGUCCAGGAGCUGCGGGAGUCUGGCCGCGGAUACCUGGCGCCGCCGGGCAGCGCGGUGGUGGGGGUGGGCCACUCCAACGGCGCGCUGCUGCACCUGCUGAUGGGCGCGGUGGCGCCUGGUCACGCACGCGCAAACGCGGUGAUCUCUUUCAACAACAAGCAGGUGAGUGACGCGAUCCCCAUCCCGGGGCUGCUGGACGGCCUCCGCCCCACAGUCCAGGCCGCGCGCUCCGCAUCCCCGGGCCCCGGCCCCGCGCCGCCGCCCGCCGCGAGCCUCCUCGCGUCGGCCGCCGCCGCGCUGCCGCCGGGCGCGGCGCUGGAGCGGCGGCUGGUCGAGGCGGCGGUACCGGCGCUGGAGCAGGUGGGGUCCGUGCUGUCCGAGGUUGGCGACGGCGUCACUGAGUUUAUCCCGACGCCCGCCGAGUCGCGGGCGCUGAUCGCUGGCAGCUACUCGGUACCCCGCACCCUGCUGGUGCGGUUCUCAGACGACAGCAUCGACGAGACGCCGGAGAUGGUGGGGCUGCUGCGGGCGGCUGCGGCAGGGACGCGUCGCGGGCGCGGCGAGGGCAGCGGCUACCUGAGCGACGGGCCUGGCAGCGGCAGCGACUGGGGCGGCGGGGACGUCGGCGGCGGCGACAGCGGCGACAGUGGCGAGGGGUACGAGGACGGUGGCGAGGAGGGCGGACCGGCGGGUGCUGGGCGGGGGCUGUUGGAGGUGCGGGAGCUGGUUCUGCCAGGCAGCCACGUCACGCCCUGCGGCACGGAUGUUGACUGGGGGCUCGAGCCGCUGCGGCGCGCGGCUGCGGAAAGCCAGGCGGACGUGCGGCGGCUGGUGGCCGAGGUGGCGGCCUGGGCAGGCGCGGCGGUGGAGGCGGAUCGGCUGCAGCUGAGGGCGGCUGGCAACGGCGGGGCGGCGGCCUCGGCCGAGUCGCCUGGGCGGGGCUCGCCGGCUGACGCUUUGCUAGACGAGCCCUCUGCUGCUGCAGUGGCAGCUGUGGGGGUGGAACAGCAGGCAUGA